AUGAACGACAUCGCCGAGUAUCCGGGCCACAACUCCAAGCCCAUGGAUUUGGAUGGCGAGAAGAAUGAGAAGUUCGCCGGCCUUCCUCAGUAUGAGGGUGUCGCUGAGGGCGAGAUGAAGAUGACCGAUGAGGAGCGCAAUGUGUACGAGCAUGGUGUCCAGAAGUUCAACCGUCUCGGCUGGAAACGCCUGACGAUUGUUCUCAUCGUCGAGGCCAUCGCGCUGGGCAGUCUGUCCAUCCCCUCCUCCUUCGCUACCCUGGGUAUGGUCGCCGGUAUUAUCUGUACCGUCGGUCUCGGCCUCAUCGCCAUCUACACCAGUCACGUUAUCGGUCAGGUCAAGCUAAAAUUCCCGCACGUCGCCCACUACCCCGACGCCGGUCGCUUGCUCUUCGGCCGCUUUGGUUACAUCCUCGUGUACAUCAUGCUGGGUCUCGAACUGACCUUCCUGACUGGUUCGCACGCCCUCACCGGUACCAUUGCGUUCAACACCAUCACGGAAAGCGGCGUCUGCUCGGUCGUGUUCGCCGUCGUCUCCGCCAUCAUCCUGCUGUUGCUCGCCGUCCCGCCUAGUUUCACGGAAAUGGCCAUCCUAGGUUACGUCGAUUUCGCCUCCAUCAUCAUCGCGAUCGGUAUCACCAUCAUCGGCACCGGCGUCAACAGCACGAACCAGCCCGGUGGUCUCCAAGCCGUCAACUGGUCCGCCUGGCCCAGGGAAGGCACCACUUUUACCGACGCCUUCAUCGCCCUCUCCAACAUCAUCUUUGCCUACAGCUUCGCCCUCUGCCAGUUCUCGUUCAUGGACGAGAUGCACACGCCCAAGGACUACAUUAAGUCGAUCUGGGCGCUCGGUGCCACCGAGAUUGUCAUUUACACUCUGACCGGAUCUCUCAUCUACGCCUUUGUCGGUCAGGACGUCGGCAGCCCUGCUCUCUUGUCCGCCGGUCACACCCUGAGCAAGGUUGCCUUCGGUCUUGCCCUCCCCGUUAUCUUCAUCUCCGGAUCCAUCAACACCGUGGUCUGCGCGCGUAUGAUCCACGGCAAGAUCUACGAGAACUCGCCCAUCCGAUUCAUCAACACCAAGAUGGGCUGGCUGACGUGGCUGAUUGCCAUUACCGUCAUCACCAUUGUUGCGUUCAUCAUCGCCGAAGUCAUCCCCUUCUUCUCCGACUUGCUCUCUAUCUGCUCCUCUCUCUUCGUCUCCGGCUUCACCUUCUACUUCCCCGCCAUCAUGUGGUUCAAGCUCAUCCGCGAGGGCUCCUGGACUUCGCCCAAGAACCUGCUUCUGGGCGCGAUGAACCUUCUCGCGUUGGCCAUUGGCCUCAUCACGCUGGUCGGCGGUACCUACGCCAGUAUCGACGAUAUUAUUAUGAACUACAAUGCCGGCACUGUCCGCGGCGUUUUCAGCUGCCAAAACCCCUCCUAA